UUUCAAGAUUAGUGAACGGUUGUUGCGUGUUUCUUUAAUAAUAAUUUUAUAGAAAAAUUAUAAUAAUUAGCUAAAUGUUGACAAACUAAAGAAAACCACAUAAAAAAAUAAAAAUUGCGGAAAUAUGAAAUUUAAAUAGUUAUCCAAAGUUGAAUAUAAUAUUCAAAGUGCUUGUGGAAAAGUGACGUCAUAGUUAAUUAUAGGCAUUCCUAAUUAGAAAAAUCUUUAUAGAGAAAUUGAGCUCUGAAGGGAAACAGUUUAUAGUAAACAAAAAUAGAAUCAGUUGUAGAUACUUCCCAAAAGAAACAAAAUAUUAUUUGUUUUAAUAUUUGAAUGUUAUAAUAUUGAAGCAAUAUUGUGGUGGCUUUAAGUAGAAAGCCUGCCGAAGAAUUCGUAAAUGUCAACUAUGGAUAUAUGAAUACAGCAACCCCCUAAAGUAUUACAACUUAUAAAACUUCCUUACCUAGUUUACCCCACAAAACUUAACCUAAGAAAUACUCAACAUAAUUCUCAUUAUAAAUCUGGUCUUCCGAAAAUUCCAAUAAAAUGAAUCGUUCGGAUUCUAUAAGAAGAGAUCGAUCAUUCGAUAGUGUCCUCAAUAAGCUAAUGCGCAUGCGUUCACAGAACCAUGAAAGCUUCAAGGCGGCCAUGUAUAAUUUCCUAAUAGCUGCCGGUAUAGCUGCUUUUGUAGCAGUAUGUUUUAUACUCGGCCCAUUUGUACGGCCGUUACUGUGGGCCUUUUUAAUGGGUGCUGUAUUAUUUCCGUUUAAAAGGAAAUUAGCGCAGUUAUUAAAUGGUUGGUUUGAGAGACUGGAAGAGCGUGAUUCCAAUGUUCUAGUAGCUUUAAGCUUAGCACCAUUAGAAGCGACUGAAAACUGUGGUAAAUUUCUGGUGGAUUGGCUAAAGGAACAUUGGCAAGUGAUAACAGCUGGUGUGGGUAUUGCUUCAUGUAUGAAAUUGUUGGUGUUGUAUGCUCCUAAAGGAUUCUUAUGCGCAGUUUGGCGUUUGAUAGUGUUUUCCCACUCACUAUUUGUGCAAAUGAUUGGCUUUUUAAAUAUAUAUUUGUUAGCGGCCAUUGUUGCUGUCUACUUAACGUCCGUCUAUUUCUUUUGGAAACCCUCCAAUAGUAAUCGUUUUGUUAUUGCUGGUCAGUCAUUAUGGAUUGCUAUAAUAAGUUAUGUUUGUAGCUUUUUGGGAGCUCUUCAAGUACCUGUAUUUAUAAUGAUUAUGUUAUAUGUGGGAGCCUCUAUAAUUUAUCAUCUACGUAUUACCGAAGAAACUAGUUCGAUUGUGGAGAAAUUGAAAAAACUCCUGGAUAAAACUGAUUUCGAAAAGUCUAUAAGUUCAUUGAACUUUAAGAACAUAAAUCAAAAUUCGGAUAUCGAAGAUGUUUCAUUUAGUGAAACUAUGGAUUCGGUAGAAACUCUCGAAGCCUAUGAAGUCAAAGAAGAUAUUACCGAGGUGCAUCAACAUUUAAGUGAUACAUAUUUUAAAUUCUUGUUUUAUGCUUGCAUAAUAACAUUUUUAUAUCGUAAUGUUUGGAUGUUUAUAUUGGCGGCCAUACCCAUAUUUAUGCAUCUACUGUUUACUUUGGGUAAAUAUACUGGAUUUACCGAUUUCAUAAGUGCCAAAAUUAAUGAUAUUUAUGAAAAUAUAAAGUCUUGGUCCAUUGAACAUCAUUCAGCUGUUUUGCCACUUUGUCUUCCUGGCAUUUUAGAAUUGAAUUAUAAAAUCAAUAAUGUGGUACGCAAUUCCCUCAAAUCUUCUGUGGAUUUGGUUACCUCAAUUUUAAUGAUUAUUUUGAUGAUACUCAUCAUUGUUUUCUUGGGCGUAUUCUUUUGUGUCAACAUAUAUUCGGAAACCAUUGAAGUGGCCUAUUUGGGCAAGGAUCUGAUUAACAAAACCAUAACAGAUCGUCCUGAAUUAAUUGAUAUUUUACCAGCCAACAUGCAGUCUUCGAUUGAUGAUGCCCUAGACAAUGCCCACCAUUAUGGUCGUCGCAAAAUUGAAACGUAUAUUGAUGAUUGGCUUACUGAUGCCGAUCCCAUCCAUGCCACUAAGCUUAAGGAACAAAUUUUAGAUGUUUGGGAUCGUUUAAUACAAUAUUGGAUCGAUUUUAAUAAAUCAGAUUCGUAUGGACCUCGCGUACCCACAGAUGCUCUAAAGAGUACCUUUGGCGAAAUUGUAGAUAAUCCGGGACAUUUUAAAGAGCUAGUUUUAGUGGCGAAACAGGGAAUCAUUGGCUGGGCCAAAAGCAACACACAAACCAUAAUGGAAGUGGGUGAAUCUCUGUGGCAUAUAAUACGCACGAAUCUAUCCAUGAUAAUGACAUUUACGGGAGAUAUACUAUCGUUGGUGUUAUCUGGUGGCCAGGCUUGUGUUGAAUUCAUAUUGGAUAUGAUUGUUUUCUUUACGGCCCUCUUCUACUUACUUUCGAGUAGUCAAACUAAAUAUGCUCCCCUACAAGUUACCAAAUAUUUGGGUGUGUCAUCUUCGGGUUCCAAAAUUGCCGAAGCCUUGGAAAAUUCCAUAUCUGGUGUUUUAAUUUCCAUGUUUAAAAGUUCUAUAUUUACCGGGCUCUUCACCUGGUUGGUUCAUACCAUCUUUGGGGCUCGUAUUGUUUUUCUGCCCUCUGCCUUAGCAGCCAUUUUAUCAGCUGCUCCAUUUUUGGGUAGCUACUGGUGUGCUCUACCGGCUUUGUUGGAAAUAUGGCUGGCUCAAGAUCGUUUAUAUGCCGGCAUUGUUUUGUUCUUAUUGCAAUUCUUUGUGCCACCCUACUUUGAGGCAGCUAUAUAUGCUGAAAUGAAAGGUGGUGGUCAUCCUUAUUUAACUGGUUUGGCAAUUGCUGGUGGCAUGUAUUGGAUUGGUUGGCAGGGUGCCAUAUUUGGUCCUUUAAUGCUAUGUUUCUUUAUUGGUAUUUUUGAGGUGGCUGCUGUAGCGAUGCGUGCAAAUGAAGAUGCGAGACGUAGCUCUGAUGAAGAUACUCGUACAACUAACAUAGCGGUGGUCGAUGCAAUUACAGAAAUGAAAAGUGUCAAUAAUGAGAAUAAUAAGAAAAAUUUAAUAAAACUUAACUAUGAAACAAACAAAUUGGCUGAAAAUAAACCAAUACAUUCUACUACAACUACAGAAUCUAGCGAAUCGAAUAAAACAGUUAAAAAUUUAACAAAUAAUAAAGUAAACGAUACAACCGAAGAAAAUAAUUCUCAAACAAGUCCAACAAACAUUAAGAAGAUGAAUGAAAAGUUGUCGGAAGAACUGGAAACCUCAGUGACAACAACAAAAGAUGUUACUGAUAAUAGAACGCAAUCGUUAGGAGAUACCAUAAAUGCUGCUAUAACUGGUGAAAAUAAAGGAUUUUCUACACCAGCACGAAAAUCGGUGGAGCUUAAAAUAGUUACUACCACAUUUCUACCAACUUCUUUUGAGGAAAAAGUGUGUUAAUUUUUAAUGUUUUCAAUAUUUUUUUUUAUGUGUAUUGUAGUUUACUUUUUUCUACAUUAACAUUUUGUGCUAACACCAUGUCUAAUUUCUAUGUAAUUAGGAGUAUCAAUAGAGUGCUUUUCAUUAUUCCUGCCAAAGGACUUGACCAAUGUGUACUUAUUAAGGUGACAUCAUGGGUGAAUUGAAGCAAAUCCUAACGAUUUCAUGUUUUUUACAUUUCACCGUCCAAAUUCUAUAAUCAGCUGUUUUCCCAAUGUCACCUAAUUAAAUUCACUUUGAACUGGACUUUUACAUUAUUUUCUCAUUUUAAAAAUAUAUAGUAUUUUAUAAAAAUGUUCUUGUAAUAAAUAUUGUAUAUUAAACUGUC